AUGAAGAAAAGAUUUGCAAAGCAAGCUUUAAGUGAGUUAGACAUUAAGAUACAAGAGUUGAAAUAGUAGUGCCAGCAUUAAUAUGAGUUGGCAAAGUCCGAGGAUCAGGUGACAGUAAUGCUCGAUUAGGCUGAAUACUUAGAUAAUGUAGAUGAUCUGGCUUAAUUGCCUGAUGAUUAACCUGAAAAUGUGAAGGACAAAAAGUAUAUCAGCUUAGCCAUACCUGAGUUAAGAAUGGUAGAUUUCAAGUUGAACAAGAGGGGGCCUUCAGAGGACGAGACUUACGCUCUCGAUGUUUUCCUAGUCAAGAAUAUCAGAAGAGGAAAUACAGUGAUUGAGUAAAUUGAAAGAAACGUUACUGUAAAUGUAGAUGGUAAAGAAAUCGAAGAUAUUAAAGUUCUAAAGAGAUGCAUGGGAAGGAAAGGCCUCACUAAGUUCUUUGAUCUCUAGAUAGAUUUCCUUGACCCCAAAACUAGAUAUUUGGAUGCUGGACAUUCUCCUCAAACAUUUUGCAUCAAGAAUUAGAUUUUAUCAGGUGCACUCAAGGCAUUUGUAGGAGGACAUAAUGUAGAAGUUUUUAAGACUCUGAAGGCCAAUGGUGAGAAUGCCCAGGUAUCAUAUAAUACUGAAUUCGAUGUGUGGGUAGUGGCUUCUAAAAAUGUUGGAAUAGUUGUCAGAAAUAAGGAAGAUUUAGCCAAAUAUCACCCAGAGCACUUCAGAUUUUCAUAUAUGAUUGGAAUGGUCUGGCUUAAUAAAAUCGAGGAUCUUAUGGCCUUAGAUCCCAAUAUUGUUACCUAAUUGAAGAAAGAAAUGGCUGGCAAGACCUUGGUUGCAGAGUUUAUUGGUUCUCCAGAGCACUAGCAUAUGGUGAAGUACAAUUAGAUCACUCUGAUAUUUUAUGCCAUUGUUGAUAAUAACAGUUCUGAUCUCUGCUGGCCAGUCGAUUAAGCACUCAAUUUCUUUAAGAAAUACUAAUUAAACAUAGUCAAGAUCGAGAGUCAAGGACUAUUUAACAACUAUGACAUGCUAUGCAAUGGGCUUUAUAAAGUCUUUAGAGAUGUUGCUAAGAGUAAAAUUGUUGAUGACGAGGAGGGCAGUGUCUUAUAUCUAGUUAAAAGAGAUAAGAGUGGUGAUUCAAGCAAAGAUAAAGUUCUUAGUUUAGCAAAGUUGAAGACUAUUGAGUACAGAGUAUUCAGAAAAAUUAGAGAAAAACUAAGGGGAUACUAUAGACAUUUAGGCAGUGAAAAAUCUAAGAAAGGACCUGAGGGAGUUGUUCAUAUGUUCCAAAGAGAAAUGAAUGAAUUGAUUGAGGGAAAUGAGCUUCCUUAGCCAAUUUAGUUGUACAUAGAGUUGUUAAAGUCAUCUUUUGAAUUUAUAGAUGAAAACCCUGAGCCAAGACUUAAACUUCUCAACAAUCAAUAUAUCAACUUCCAAGAAGAAUUGAUUCAAUAUCAUGCCAGUAAAAAUCAACUCUCUUCUCUAUCUUCAAACCUUUUUGAAUCUAAUAUACUCGAUAAAUAAGAUGAAAUUACUUAUGAAAAGCCUAAAGAAGUUACUAUUGUAGCAGCACCUAAUACUAACAAUGAUUAUAAUUAUUUUGAGCAGACAAUUACUCAGCCACAAAAAUUUAAGUUUGUUUUAUUCUGUCCUUAUGGUAUAUUAAAUGAUGCUAACUUGAAAACUUUUAUCAAUGAAAACUUUGAAUUUGUGGUGGCGCAUAAUUUAAACAUUGAACAGGUUCAAAAUUAUUAGUAUAAUGACAAAUCAUACCUCAUAUAAAUAAACCAUAUUGAUUUGGAAACUGUUAAUUAACUUUCUAACUUUAACUCAAGUGAAGGCUUACAUAAUGAUAUCAAGUUUUUGGUAUUUGGAUAUAACUAGAUGAUGUACUGUAGCUCUUUUAUUUAAGGUGUUUAUAAAGAUUAACCUUAAGGUUAUGAAACUGUAUUCAAAAAUAGAGCGUCUUUAAACAAAAUGUAUGAGGAUUACUUAGUAAUAAUUAACUAAAUUCUAAAAUCUCAAAGAUUUGAAAAUUUCUCAAGCUUAAAGCAAGAAGACCUCCUUACUUACCUUUAAAAAUAAGUAAAUACUCAGUAAUCUCAUGGGGAUACUUAAACAAGACCUUAAAGCAUAUAAGAAGAAGAGAAAAAGUCUUAUGAAGUAACUAAAUAAGUCAGAGAUCUCAAUAAUGUUACUCCAGCAGAAAUAGAGUCUUAAAUAAAUUUACUAAAAAAUCUUCAAAGAUCAAAGAAAACUGUUAUAGUGAUCAUUCCUUUUGGCAUUACAGGAAGUGGAAAGACUACCUUAAGAGAGAAUCUGAGCCAAAUAGUCCAAGAGAAGCUAAGAUGGAAUUUCAAGUAUGUAUCUAGUGAUGAGAUUAGAAAAGAAUGCAUGGAUAAAGCAAUGCAAAAUGGCAAAAUGACAAGAGAUGAGGCAUUUGAUAGGACCGGAAGAGAAGCUAUAAAGUAGUUUGAUUACAAGCUUUAAAAAACAAUAUCAGAUAUUUCUAAAUCAACAAAAACUUUCCACGUGGUAUUCGUUGAUAAAAAUCAUCCUAAAAAUGGUAUUGCUAAGACUGUGGGUCUUAUUCACGAAAAAAUACCUGAUGGAGUUAAUCUAAAGAAGUUGUACUUAAUACCUCGUAUCACCUAACCUUACGCAAGAUACCCUCUAUCUCUUGGUUUCUUAAUGCAAUGCUUCUAUAGACUUAUGAGCAGAGAAAAUCAUGAGACAUUAGACAACUCUGACAAAGUAUUAACCACUUAGAUUUUACUUAUGUUCUUCCAUCUCUAUAUCGAUGUUAAAUUUAAAAACUAGUUCCUUUAAGAAUGUUCUCUUGACGGCUACUUUAAUGUUCCAAUGACUUAUGAUGAUUAGCAGGUUUAUGUUCCAGAUAUCCUUGGUGUUCAUCUCGAAAGAAUCCUCAGAUAGACAAAGAAAGGCGAUAAGCCUCAGGAUUUAGACACAAUCUAGAAAUUCAUUAAUGAUGCAAUGCUAGAGCAAGGCAAAUUCAACAGCAUUUCAUUCUCAAUCAAUGACUAACUUCCUUAUAUACUAGAUAACUUAAUGAAUGCUACUGAAGCAACUAAAGAUGAUUCUCAAGUUGAGAUAAAAAAGAUUGACAGAGAGGAGUCUAAAUAUAAACAAGGGCACCAAGGAGGAAGUUCUAAGUUUCCUUUGUAUAUUGGAAUAACUUUACAAGAGGAUCCUGAGUACUCAUAAAAAUUAGUUUAGUUAUACGAUUAAGCCUUCAAAAUUCUAGCUGAUAUAGAGGCAGAUUAAUCUUACUCUUAAAUAAGCAAAUUAGCUGAGUAGCUAAUUUAAGAAUCAAAUCACAACAUGAAAGGGGAAGAUUGGAAACUACCAGCAGAUUUUCAUGUGACUCUAGCUUACUAUAAAGGAAUGAAUGAAGAUAAAAAGAGAGCGAUUCAGCAUCAAUUCAAAGAGGAGGCAAAAGAGGACAUAAUAGUUGAAGCUGUAGUUUAUGUUAAGGAUAAGGUGCUGACUGCUCUAUGCUUUCCCAAAUCUAAAUGCGAGAACAAAUGCCCUCAUAUUACUUUAUUGCUUAAAAAGCAGAGUGCUAAGUUCUCAAAUAUUGUAUUAGAGAAGACUUGCUUGAAAGCCUAAGUAUUUAAUGAGAUUUAUGAAGAGGUUAGAGACGGAGUAAAAUAAAAUAACUACAAAAAGGCCAAUAUCAAAACUGGAGAUAAAGAAUUAGACUAAGUUUAUUUUAUCAAAUUACAAGAGCCGAUUGUGUUCAAGGGGGUUUCGAAAUCAUAUUAUCACUGA